AUGAGCCUAUAUGAUAAUAUCAAAUUUGUUGUCUUAGAAGGAGCAGUUUCAUCGGAUGAGCCAGAUGUCUCUGGUGAAUAUUUACAUAACUCACCAAUAUUCAACUAUCCUGUAGCUAACAAAACAAAAACAAUUUUAGAAGGAGAAAAGGGAAUAAAAGAGUUAAGAGCAGGAUAUCUUUCAUAUUGGAAUCUCAUUAAUCAAAAGAAAAGAGAAGCAGAUAACAACUACUUUAUUAAAAACGAAGCAAGGAUAAAAGAACUUAAAUAA